CAGGAGGUGACCAUUCUGGGGUCCCUUCGCCACCCCAAUAUCGUGCAGCUUCUUGGGGGCUCCCUGCAGCCAGCAGCCUCAUUCCUCGUAGAGGAGCUCUGUGGGAGGACACUCAGCCAUGCAAUCUACGAUGGCACGACGCCAUACAGCCUGGAGCUGUUGCUGCGGUGGAGCUGCGAUAUUGCGCGCGGCCUGGCGUUCCUGCACCCCAAUAUCAUGCAUCGCGACCUCAAGCCCUCCAAUGUGCUUCUGGACGAGGCUUGUACUGCCAAGAUCUCGGACUUUGGCCUGGCGCGCUUCAAGGCGCACACCACGCUUCACACCCGGGACGCAGAAGUGGGCACGACGUGCUACAUGGCGCCAGAGGUGAGACGUGGAGAGGUGACAGCGGCCUGUGAUGUGUACAGCCUGGCGGUGCUGAUUAACGAGAUGGUUACCAGAAACCGCCCCUGGAGCGGUGUGCGUACGGCGGUGGUUGGCUUCAAGGUGGCGGUGGUGGGCGAGCGCCCGGAUCUGCCGCCGGAGGACAGCCCG